AUGAGACCUGUAGCAACCUGUUUCAAAAAGAAAGCAACGGCUAGAAGAAAGAACCAUCAACAUUGGUCAAGACAUAAGCAUGAAAUAUCUGCAAAACGAACCACCCAAACGCUUACUUUUCAGCAGGCUCAAUUCUUGAAUGAAAAUCAAUGUGAAGAUAAUGGUUUAAACAUUAAUGAUACAUUAAAUUUCUUGUCAAUAAACGAAACAAUAAAUGGCAUCAAUACUGAAUGUUCCGAUGAAAAUGAUUGUGAAGACGAUUCUAUCAAUAAGUAUUUUGUUGACACGGGUGAACGUGGUGUUUCAUUUGAUACAUUUUACGAAGAUCAAUUCGAAGAAGAAAUUGACGAAGAGGAAAUUGAAGAAACUUUAACUGAAGAACAAACAGAAUUUGCUAAUGAGUUCAUGAAUGUGGAAACAUCAGCAACACCAGUUCGUGAAUAUGAUGAAUUGGAUAUUUCGAUUAUACUAUUGAUAAUGAAAAAAAAACAUAAGUGUAGCAAUAGCCUUAUUAAUGAUAUAUUGAAAAUGUUAAUAACACUAAAAGUUCCACGCGUUCCUGCAUCUUGGUACAAGUUGACCGAAAUUAUUAAAAGAACCGACGACACAUCAAAAUCAAACCAACAAAUCAUUGAUUCAACUUGUUAUUUUUGUCCGGAAUGCGAACAAGAAUCCACUAACCCAAGUAAAUGUACAAAUGCCAAGUGUUCAUAUUAUUCCAAUUGUUUAGUAGCUCCUCAUACAUUUAUGGUGAUGAAUAUUCAGCAGCAAAUUGAAGAAGUUCUAAGAUCAACUCAUCAAAAUGAUCUUGAUCUAUCAGCACAAACAUCAACAGAAUCCACCACCUCAUUAAUUGAUAUCCAUAAUGGAGAUGUUUAUAAAAAUAUUGUACAUUCAUUGAGAAAAGAAAAUCAUAAAUUUUUAUAUCGUUGA